CUCGGAUCCCUCCGCCGGCGGGGGGAGGCUCUGGGCGAGCCGCGGCACCGCCACCGAGCGCGGAGCCUUCCGCGGCAGAGAAGAGUCCCGCAGUCUCCGGCAGCGGCGCGGGAGCAGCCCGGCACCGCGCCCUGGCCACGGCUCUGCGGAGGGGCCCGAGCCCGAUGUGACCGGGCGGACGGACGGAGCCCCGAGCACCAUGGGGGCCCUGGGCGUGACCCUGGGGAUUCUCCACUACCUGGGGCUCUACCUCCAGCUGGGCGCCCCGGCGCGGGCCCCCGCGGCCAACGCCCUGUUCACAGAGACCCCGCACGACAUGACGGCCCACGCCGGGGAGGACGUGGAGAUGGCCUGCUCCUUCCGAGGCAGCGGCUCCCCCUCCUACUCGCUCGAGAUCCAGUGGUGGUACGUUCGCAAUCACCGGGACUGGACAGACAAACAGACGUGGGCUUCAAACCAGCUAAAAGCAUCUCAGCAGGAAGAAGCUGGGAAGGAGGCGACAAAAAUAAGCCGCGGUGGAGAGUGCUGGGGAUUUCAUCAUCUCGGGACUGAGCAGCUGCGGGCUGAAGGAUCCCAUCGUGCACAGCGGCCAUGCCCUGCUGCCUUGGGAAGGCUGGAGGUGGUGAAGGUGGUCGGCAGUAACAUCUCCCACAAGCUGCGGCUCUCCAGGGUGAAGCCCACCGACGAGGGGACGUACGAGUGCCGGGUGAUCGACUUCAGCGACAGCAAAGCCCGGCACCACAAGGUCAAGGCCUACCUGCGGGUGGAGCCGGAGGAGAGCUCUGAGGCGCACCGCCACGGCUCCUCCGCCGGGCAUGUGCAAGACACCCAGCUGCUGGGCGGCCAGCUCUCUGACCACGCCAGACUGAGCGGCACCCCCUCCCACCCCCAGCACCACCACCACAAAAUGGGCAAAGAGCUGAGGAAGCGGGCGGCAGACACCUCCUGCCUGCUGUAGACUGAGCCGGCGUGGCAUGGAACGGGCUGCUGGAUUCCCCCCCACACACAUCCCUCCCCCCCCCCCAGACUGGGCAGAGGAGGAGUGCACGAGGACCAGCAGCAGCUGGGCCACCGGAGCGGUGCCGGGUCGAUGGAAAUCUAAUGCUCCGAAUCCGAGACUGACGUGUGCGCACACGCUGUGACUCUCGCAUGUACCCCGCUCUCCCCACCCUGCCAUGUAGCUGUGGAUUUUUUAAUUUCUUUAAGUACCCUCGAGCCGAUGCAGUGCCAUUUCCAGGAUUCGAAUGCAGACUUGAGACCGCUCUAUUCCCAAGAAGGGGGUGGCCAGAGUGGGGAAGACAAGUCUGGCUUCCCCUGUGCCAUCAGCUUGUAAGGGGGGCUCUCCCUGCUGUCUGUGCCCAGGGGAGGGGCUGGGGUUCAUUUCCAUGGACGACAGCCACAAGUCACACUGUUUCCCCCUGGUGUGCCGUGUGCAGACAGGGCUUCCAGCUAUGUGCCAGGUUUAGUGUAUGCAAACUGUGCUCACACCCGUUUCACAUUGCUAGCUUUUUAUCACUUUAGUGAACCCAUCUGGCUCUCUCUGUGUGUGGGAAUCUUGCAAUCACUCCCUUUUGCUUUGCCCCACGAGUCCCGUCCUCCCUCCCUCGAGAGAUCCAGUGUAGUUACUCUGUUUGGAUCCAGUUGUGCGGAUACAGGUUAUGUCACUCAUUCCUAUAGACUGUAAAUAAAGUUACCUCUUCCAGGCUGCCACAACCUGCCCCCCGGCCGAGAAGGCCAGUCUCUGUGGGAGGAAGAGAGGGGCACUCUGAAUGGAAAGCCCAGCUGGUUUUAAGAAGCCAUCACAUAGGUUGGCGUUUUCUGCCCCUUCCCGCCAGCCAGCCUUGAUUUCAUUUGGAUAAAAGACAGGCCCUGAGUCGGCUGGUUUGUGGCUAAGUGGGGGAAGCGCAGGGCUCUGCCAUCUGGAGUUAGCCCAAGCCUGGGGAGGAAGAGCUCUAGGGAGGUUUUGCACCCAUUGCCCCCCCUUUCCCCGUUGCGUUUCAUGGAGAAGUGGGGAGGAACUCGGGCCUGGCUCUGGCUCGUGAGGACAGUUGAUUGUGCCCAGCCCACUGUAGGGCUCAGGCUCCCCCUCCCUCUCUGUCGAACCGUCCCUCUGUCCAGGGAGGGGGGUGGGUGCAGCCACAGCCCAGUUCCGAGAAUUCCUGCCCUUGGUUGUUCAGUUCGACAGGCCGAGCCCAGCCCCCAUUCCCGUGGCAGGCGUUCCCAUUUCUAUGUGCUCCGAUCACCCGCGGGGAGGGCGAGCUGCCGCCCGCCCGCAAGAGCAGCCCUGGCGGGGGCGGGAGGCCCAGGGCCCCCUGACCUGUAGUCACACAGGAGGAGGGGAAAGGGGAACUCAGCUGCUCCCUCGCUCUAACCUCCCCAUGCACCACAUGAUCCAAGCUGUGACCCGCUGAAGCGAAUAAAGCUCUUUAAAUGAA